AUGCUUAAUUUGUUUGGCUACCAGAUGUCUCGCGGCAGCGGAUUCAAUAGAGCUCUCAUCAUGAACAAAGACUUGCCCAUGAGGCGUCUUAAGCUUCAUGAGUACUAGGCGGGCAAGUUGCUUCACAAGUACAGAGUUCCCAUCCCCCUCGGAGGUGUCGCCCUCAAUAGUAAGGAGGCUUUAUUGGUAGCUAGAUAAUUCGGUCAGCAAAGACCGAUGGAAUAUGUCGUCAAGGCUCAGGUUCUCGGUGGUGGCAGAGGUCUUGGUCAUUUCAGAGAAAACAACUUCUAGGGAGGAGUGCAUCUUGUGAAGACACCAGAGUAAGUUGCUGAAAUAGCUGAGAAAAUGUGCGGAAAGACCCUCGUUACUAAAUAAUCUGGAGAGGCAGGAUUACCAUGCAACUUAGUAUAUAUAGUGGAAAAGCUCUCCAUUAGCAAAGAGUACUAUCUCAGUCUUACUCUCGACAGAAAAGCCGGAAAGCCAGUUUUCAUUUAUAGCAAAGCAGGUGGUAUGAAUAUUGAAGAUGUCGCUCAUAACACUCCAGAUCAAAUUUUCAAGAUUCAUGUUGAUAUAAAUCAAGGAUUAAACAUUGAUGAUUUACUGUAAGCAGCUAAAAAUCUCGAUUUAGAGGAUUACAAGUCACAAGUUGUGUUCUUGUUCAAGCAUUUAUAUGACUGCUUCAUUGAGAAGGAUGCUGACAUGAUUGAAAUCAACCCACUUGCUCUUUUAGCUGACGGAACCAUAGUUGCAGCUGAUUCUAAGGUUACAAUAGACGACAAUGCCCUUUUCAGGUAAAAGGAUUUAAAGGCCGAAGAGGAUCUCAGUCAAUAAAACUAUAAGGAGAGAAUUGCCAAGUCCUUUGAUUUGAAUUACAUUUACAUUGGAGGUAACAUUGGAUGCUUGGUAAAUGGUGCUGGUCUUGCCAUGGCUACAAUGGAUAUUAUUAAGCAUUAUGGAGGUAAUCCAGCUAACUUCUUAGAUGUUGGUGGCAGUGCCGAAGGUGAACAAAUGGUAGAGGCCAUCAAGCUAUUGAACAAUGAUCCUGAAGUGGAUUCUAUCUUUAUCAAUAUAUUCGGAGGUAUCCUCAGAUGCGAUAACCUCGCUCAGUCCAUAAUUAACGCUGCCGAAUAAAUUUCACUGACAAAGCCAAUUGUCCUAAGGCUAAAAGGAACGAACUCUAAGAUUGCCAGAGAGAUGAUUAAGCCAAGAGAAAAGGAGCUCGGGAUUUUCUUUGAUGACGACUUCGACAGUGCUGCCAGAUUAGUCGUUGAUGUCGCUCAAAAGAGAUCACAGUCCGAAAAAUGA